UACGUUUUAAAAUAGGGAUGUAGCUUAAGAAAACGGCUGUAGUUUAAUUAAUAAUAAGAUGAAUAUAUCUCAUUUGACGGUUUUUGUUUUAUAUUUUUCACUAGAAUGUAUUUGCCAGAGCGACAUCUACUCCCUGAGCUACAUCUACACUGCCCUGUCAAAGACAGUAGAAUUGCCUGGUAUCCAUGAGUUCACUGCCAUGGGACUGAUGAACAACCAACAGAUCGAUUACUAUGACAGUGUGUCAAAGAAGACGAUUCCCAAACAGGACUGGAUGAGGGAGAAGCUGCCAGCAGACUACUGGGAAAAAGGGACUCAGUCACGCAAGAGCAAGGAGCAGUGGUUCAAAGUCAACGUCAACAUCCUGAUGGAUCGCAUGAGGCACAACAACACUGAUGUCCAUGUCCUUCAGUGGAAGGUUGGCUGUGAGAUUGACCAACAGAGUGACGGCACACUGAAAUUCAUGAAGGGCGCUGACCAAUACAGCUACGAUGGUGACGACUUCCUGGCCUUUGAUGAUGUCACUAUGCAGUGGGUGGCCCCAGUUGUUCAAGCUCAGAUGACUAAGAGGAAGUGGGACGGGGUGCAGAUCCUCAACACGUACACCAAGGGCUACCUGGAGAAGGAGUGUGUGGACUGGCUGUCCAAAUUCAUGGAAUAUGAGGACAAGGAAUUCAGUAGGGCUGAUUCCCCUCCAAAGGUCUAUGCAUUUGCUAAAAAGGCCAAAACUGCAGGACAUGUCAGACUGACCUGCAUGGCCACAGGUUUCUAUCCUAGAGAUGUGUUAAUGCAUAUUAAGAAGAAUGGUGUUCCAUUAACCAAACAUGAUGGAGUGCAGUCUACAGGAGUCCUACCCAAUGAUGAUGACACCUACCAGAUCAGGAUGAGUGUGCAGAUCCCAGAGGCAGAUAAGGAAACUUAUGAAUGUUAUGUCGGCCAUGGAACUUUGAAGGAGCCAAUUGUGGUAAAAUGGGAUGGAGAAUGUUGUGAUUGCAGUAGUUUCGGUGCUGUAGUCAUUGGGGCAGUCAUCACCGUUGUAGUUCUGAUCUUGGUUUUGGUGGUCCUGUUUGUUCUGCACAGAAGAGGGACAAUUGUGAUUCCUGGAUUGAGAACUCGAGCUAAUGGCAAUGGAGCGGCUGUAAUGGUGCGAAAAGGAAAUAGCAAGGUGGAUAGAUGACCGUUGGUGGCCAAACUUCCUGACCGGACCACGAAGGAACGUUAAUUCAUUUCAUAAUUUUAUAGGAUGGCUAUUGAUAACACUAUUCAGUUACACAGAUUCAUUCUCAUAAGCUAGUGAUGGAAAUUAUAGUUACUUUGUUGCAAUAUGCUAAAAACUGCAAUAACCCCAAGCACACAUCAGAAUCCUCAAAGAAAUGAUUAAUCACAAAAUCAAAAUUUGUCCAUGGCCAUCUCAGUCUCCAGACUUUAAUCCCAUUGAAAACCUGUGUUUGACUUGAAGGGGGCAGUCCAUAAGCGCAGACGAAGGAUAUCAAGGAACUGGAAUGAUUCUAUAUGGAGGAAUGGUCUAAGAUCCCUCCCGAUGUGAUCUCCAAUCUGAUAAAUAUUUUAGAAAAAGCCUCAGCGUUGUUAUCCUCGCAAGGGUAGAGUGAUGGAGUAUUGAAAAAUUGUCAACUUAUUUAUUGGCACCCAUCUUUUAAGAAUGUGGCUUUUACUAAACAAAAUCUCUUGAGUAAUUGUGUUCCAUUUAUUUGAUAGUGUUUUUUGCCCUUUGCCCUUUUUAUCAUUAUCAAGGGUGCCAAUAAUUAUGGACGUGAAUGUAUAUACUGCACUUCGGUUUGAUGCACUGAUGAGAAAUAAUUGCAAACUUUCCUCUGUAAAUAUAGGGCGGCAAGCUCACCUGAUCGGAAACAGUCCAAAGACACGGCGCCGAACAAGGCUGAGACGGGCAACACAGGCCAGGAGAGUCCAACACGACACCAAUUCCCUUUCUGUCGCCUCUGCAUCUCGAACACAAACCACACAGCGGUUACCACACCAGCCCAGGGCUAGGGUCGCUGUGGGAGGAGAGCUGAGCAGAAACAGAAAUUAUGCCUAUAUAUGUACACUGAUAGUCAAUCACUGUAUUCUUUACCUGCUGCCUAAUGAUAAACAGGAAACCAAACAAACCAACACUUCUGGUGAAUAGAGAAAGCAGACUAUGCUUUGAC